GCUGUCUUGGAAGCAGUUCAUGCUCCCUCGCCUUUUUUUCUCAUUUAUCUCUCCACUGUAUCAAAACCUUCCUGCAGAUUGUCUUUGAUUGAAAAUGCCGCGAGUUUCUCACUUCUACGCAACUCUGUCGAGACAGGCAGUUUCGACCCUGGCUGCUCGACACAAUGGCGCUAUUGCGCGUUCCCUUAAAACCUCCUGCAUUAAAGCCGCUGUUGCCCACCCUGUUACUACCCAUGGCCCCCCCCCUAAGGCGCCAUCACCUGCGCCUUUCUUCGAUGCAUGCUCUGGACUGCGAUCGGAAAGUCCGUUCGAAAAGGAGGCAAAUGCGCGUCCAGAAAAGCCCUCUUCAGGACUCAAGAAGCGCUUCUGGAAGGAUGUCAUUGUUCGGAAAAAGUCAGAAGGCAAUUACGAAGUCUUGCUUGACACCCGCCCCAUAAGAACGCCGUCCAAAGAUGCCUUGUCCAUACCGUCGACGAAACCUUACCUAGCGCAUGCGAUUGCUUUGGAGUGGGAUGUGAUGACUACCGCCCAGCAAGCUCUGAAAAAUCAUCUUAUCCCGCUGACAUCUCUUACGGCGCGGGCGGCGGAUAUCGCCCGAGAGGAUGAGGAAGGCAUGUCGUCCGCAAGGGACCAGAUUGUGAAGACCGCGAUGCGUUAUCUGGACACCGACACGCUGUUAUGCUGGGUGCCUGAAGCUGCCGACUCCCUUGGAGAAACCAAUGAGAAUGGUGAAAAAGUCGAAAGUCUGCGAGAGGCGCAGAUGAGGGUCGCCAAUGAUACAAUUGCCUUUCUGGGUACCAAGGUCUGGCCCGGAGUCGAUAUUCGACCAAUUCUAGAUGCCGACAGCAUCCUGCCCGUAUCCCAGCCGCAAGUCACCAAGGAUAUCAUUCAACAGUGGGUCAUGAAUCUGCAUGCUUUCGAUCUGGCCGCGCUUGAGAGAGGCAUACUCGCAGCGAAGAGUCUUCUGAUCGCUGUUCGGUUGGUCGCCGAGUGGAGCGAGAACUUCCGUGGCUUACAACGACCCGGACAGAAGAGAUUUGGGAUUGAAGAGGCAGCCGAAGCGUCCAGUAUGGAAGUCAAGUGGCAGACGGAUAUGUGGGGCGAGGUGGAAGAUACCCAUGAUGUCGACAAGGAAGACCUUCGUCGACAGCUAGGUAGUGUUAUCGUCGUAGUGAGUGGAGAGACUAGGUGAAGCUCGGGCUAUACAGCCAUCAGUUAAGACUGUUGGGUUAUGUAUGUAUUUUACUCCAUAUAUAAUAGAUGUUAUCUUUUCCUUCGAGCGUGAGCCGUUUGCCGGAGCGCCCGAAGCGCGCGAAGCGAUGAG